UGAACAUAGCAUUGCAAUGAUUCACUAGUAGGUUAGCUUGGUGUGAAUGACAAUGCAGUAACUGAGGGACUUUAUAGACUUGCUAAGCAACAUCAGUAUGAAAACUGAACUAGAACUGCUGGACAUUGCUAGAACAAGCAAAAGCUUUUGGCCUUUGGUCUCCUUUACGGGCACUGGCAGAUCAGAUAAAUUAGGCUUCUGAUUAUUAGAUAGAAAACGCAAGUGACAAGAAUGUGGGCUGAGCUUGAAUUAGCUGCAGCUUCAGGUUUCCUUUUUAUAACCUGAAUGCAUUUAUUUCUUUAUUUCUUGGAGGUUUGGAUUUCUGAAUUCUACAUAAGUUGCUGUUACGUCACCAUAGGAAGUAACUGGAUAGUGACAAGUGAAGAUCAAUUGCAUUCCAGCCAUGGCUUAAAUUCAAACAUAACAAUCUGAAGAAAUGGAGGUGAAAGCAUUGUUACAGACGUGCAAAGGCGAGUUGAAUAUUUCAGCACCCAGGAACUGCAAGAUCAGGGCUUGCCAAGUAGUUCUUGAAUUUGGACGAUGUUCCUAUGAAAGCUACGUAAAAAAUACAAUGCCAAAUUUAAAAAAAUUCUGAGGAGAACUGUAAUCCUAAGAAUGUUAUGUUCAAGAAAGAAGAAGGCCAGCCUAAAGCACUCAACAACCAUUGCUGUCCCUUCUAUGAAAGGACAUGGCUACCUCGAUUACACAAUUGAAAAUCACGCUUCCAAAGCUUUUGAGAAGAUGGAUGAACUCAGGAGGGAUAACCAGUUGUGUGAUGUCCUAAUAAAAGUUAACUACAAUGGUCAAGAAGAGGACUUCCCUGCACAUAGGAUUGUACUUGCUUCCUGUAGCCCCUUUUUCAGAGCAAUGUUUUCCAAUAAUUUUCGUGAAUGCCAGGCCAAGGAAAUCACCAUCAAAGACAUGUGUCCUUUAGUAAUGCAGAGGUUAAUAGAAUUUGCAUACUCAUCAAGAAUAACAGUUGGGGAGAAGUGUGUCUUGCAUGUACUUCUAGCUGCUACGAGAUACCAGAUGGAAGAUGUAUCUAAAGCAUGCAGUGACUUUCUUGUCAAACACCUGGAUGCUAGUAAUGUCAUUGGGAUAUCAAACUUUGCAGAGCAAAUUGGUUGCAUGGAGCUAUAUAAAGAAGGACGAGAAUACAUCAAUAAGCACUUUAGUGAGGUAACCAAAGAAGAAGAGUUUCUAAACCUUAAUCACUGCGAACUGUUGGGCUUAGUUAGUCAGGAAAGCCUAAAUGUGCUUUGUGAGACUGAAGUAUACAAUGCCUGCGUAAGAUGGAUGCAGUGGGAUGUGAGCAGCAGAGCUCAGUAUUUUAAUGUCUUGUUAAAUGCCAUUCAUCUCUAUGCUUUGCCACCAAAAUUUCUGGCAGUGCAGCUAAAGCAUUGCCCCAUUCUCAAUAAGGAAAACUCAUGUAGGAAGUUUCUGUAUAAGAUAUUCCAAGAAAUGUCAUUACACAAGCCUCUUCCACCAAUGAAAGUACGGGGAAAUCAGCUUAUUUAUGUAGCGGGUGGAUACCAACAAAAUUCUCUGACCUCUCUGGAGGCCUUAAAUCCACAUACUAUGGAAUGGAUCACGCUUGCUGACAUGUUGGAGCCCAGGAGUGGUCUUGGAGCCUGUACUGUGAGUGGACUGCUUUACACUGUAGGAGGGAGAAAUCAUUCUGCUACAGAAAAUGCAGAUUCAGACUCUAUAAGCUGCUUUAAUCCGAUGACCAAUCAAUGGACAAAAAGAGCACCAAUGAAUGUACCAAGAAAUCGGGUUGGAGUAGGUGUAAUAGAUGGAGCCAUUUAUGCUGUUGGGGGUUCUUCUGCCUGUGAACAUCACAAAAGUGUUGAAAGGUACGAUCCUGAAGUCAACUUGUGGACAUUUGUUUCACCCAUGAAUGGUGCUCGCAUUGGUGCUGGAGUCACAUCAAGUCGUGGACUUUUGUAUGCAAUUGGUGGAUUUGAUGGGAAUAGCCGACUAAACACUGUUGAGUGUUAUGACCCUGAUGAGAACAGGUGGCACCCAGUAACUUCAAUGAAGACCAUCCGUAGUGGGGCAGGAGUAGUUUCAUUGGACAACUAUAUAUAUGCUGUCGGGGGAUAUGAUGGCACAAACCAACUUAACUCUGUAGAACGCUACAAUAUGGAUGAAGAUUACUGGGAGUUUUUGGCACCCAUGAAACACAAACGGAGCGCACAAGGCCUGACUCUGCACCACGGGAAGAUUUAUGCUCUUGGUGGUUUUAAUGUAGAGGGUUUUCUCUCGUCUGUGGAAUGUUAUUGCCCUGAAAACAAUGAAUGGAGAGAAGUGACUGAAAUGCCAACAAGUUGUAGUGGCAUGGGUGUAGCUGUAACCAUGGAGCCUUGUCCUAAUGGCAUUGAUGACGCUGAAGAGACCUGAUCAAUAAGAUUUGAAAGUCAUUUUGUUUGUAGCUACAUUUUCACUCAAAAUAAGGGUAUCGUUAGAAAUAGCCGAUAGUUUAAAGUGAAAGUUGAGCUUUAUGAUAAUGAAAACUUGAAAUCCAUCUUUUUAAUAAGAGAUGUUAUAUUUAAAAUACACAAAUGCAUUACACACAAACACUGGUCAAAAUAUACUGUAUAUAACUUUCCUACAUUUUUGUAAUAUGAAAUGUGAGGUUCAUGCAGACGUCUGCAUAUGGGAAGUUAUGUACACAGCAGUGUCUAGUCACUGUGGCACCAUGUUUUUGGAACCCUCUAACCUUGCAAUGACCAUGUAUUGUGUAUAAUGUUUAAUCACUGCCACCAAAAAAAGUGUUGACAACCUGGGGCAUCUUGAUCUGUACAGCAGAGCUUUUCUAGCUGGCCAGGCCAAGCAGCCCUACAAAGUAAUGCCAAACAGUCUGCCUAUGUUUCAUGCAUUCUUUUGGUGCUGUCUGCUGCAGUUACAAACAUGGUUGCCACUGUCAUGUCUGUAUUUUCCCUUAGAUACAUUUUGGUAUGUGGUCCAGACUUAAUUUUCUUCAGAUAUCAGAACAAGUGAAGGUGUAGGCAAGGGCAGAGAAUUGGUAAAGCAGCAUACUGUGAAAAGCACAUGGCUUGAGAAUGACAUAUUGCAGAUGAAAAAACACUAAGGGCUAUUUCACAUGGGCGGACCGUAUGUCCACUUUUUCAUCCAUCCCUGUACGGAUGAAAAAGGGACAUACAUUGAUCCCA